AUGAGUUAAUUCCAAAGCAAAAGUAACAAUGAAGAAAUCUAUAAAUUAGUCGAAGCACUUAAGUAAAGCAAGAAUUUCAAUUAGUAGCUUUAAUAAAAAAAUGAAGAGCUAAAGUAGGAUUUAUCUAAGGUCUAGCUAAGUAAGGAAUCAUAUAAAAAAUAGUGUGAAGAUUAAAAAAAAACUAUCAAACUGCUACAAGAGCAAAAUAAACAGUUAUAAUACAAAUUAUCAUAAUAAGAUAAAGUCAUUCAUAAUUUGUAAGAAGAAUGCAAAAAUGUUUUAUCAAUGAAUUCCUCAAAAAUAGGAAAUCAAUAAAAUAGUCUUCUUGUUCAUGAUCAUUAGUAGAGCGAAAAUGUAUAAGAUGAGUAAAAUACUGAUAACCACAUAAACCAAGCAAAAAAUUUUGAAAGUACCAAGCCUUUAUUUAACAAAAAUAGUAUUAUCUAAAAUGAUAGCAAAUUAAAUUUUGUUCAAAUGCCAGUUUCAACAAUAUAUGUAGAUGGACAAAAUUAAAAUGCCAUCUCAAAUUAGCUUUAUAGUAUGCAAGAAUAAUCUAAAGGGAAUGUGAACAGCGAAUCAUAAGCAUCCCAAAGAAAUAUGUUCACUUUUUCAAAAGCCAUCCCUAAUUUAGAAAAUCAAAGUACUGCAGAUAGUGUAAAUAAUACAGAUAAUAAAUUAACAUACAUUAGCCCUUACUCAGCUCCUUAAGUGCAAAUUAAUUUAUUCCCAAAUGAUACCUAAUCAAACAAGCAAAGAAGUAAUGAUAAACUCUAAUUAAAUGAAUCAAAUCUGUCAGUAUCUAGUUCUAGGUUUGAUCACUCUCCAAAUAAUAGAUAUAACGGAGCAUCCAAUUUUAAAAAUAUUUAAAAAAAAUAUGAGCAAAACUUCUUAAAAAUUAGCUAAAACUCGAAUAUAUUUUCAUCAAGCUAGAAUAGCAGUCCAAUUAACAAAUAAACUUAGUCUGCAGGAAAUACUGAUUACAAUAACAUAAAUAUUGAUAAUAAUAUAAUAUAAAAAUAGAAAGGUAAAGAAGGUAGCCUUUAAUUAUCAAAUAAUAAAAUCCAUGAAAACGAACCUAAUUACACUGAUGAUGAGGAUGAAGAUAGUGAUGAUUAAUAAAACUCUGGUAAUAGGGAAGAAGAUGAUUUUGAUGAAAAUUCAAGCUAUACUAAUAUUAAUAAUAAUAAUAAAAGUCUUAUAACUAGUAAAUAAACUCCAAAAGAAUUUGAAAUUAAAUAAAAUAUGAUAAUGAAUACAUCUAAUCAUUCAAAUAGUUUUAAUAACUAAGAUACAACAAGAUUAACAAACAGCUAUGUAUUAAAUGAUGAUUCUAACUAAAAUGAACCUAUUUUUCAUUAGCCCAAAUAAAUGACAUUUGGAAUUACAGAAAGUCCUUAACUCAAUUACUUUAGAUAAGAACUAAAAGGAUAGACUGCUUAAUUUAUUGAUCCUAAAUCAUAAUUGUAUGGUGAAUUAAAUUAAGACUCUGCAGUCAACAAUUAACCUUAAAGCAAUUAUCAAUAUGAUAAGCAAUCAAAUAAAAAUAAUAAUCAGAAGAUUUUCAAUAACUAAAAUUAAUACCACCAUAGAAACUAAACUUUAUAGGAGUAGUAAAAAAUUUAAGAAAAAUAAUAAAAUUUAACUACAUCUUAAACUAAAACAAGAAAGAUAUUUGAAUAGUUUCCUUAAAUGCACUACUCUAAUAGUAUGAACCAAAUAAACAAUUAAUAAGUUUAAAUUUCUUAAAAUUCGCAAGUCUAGUAAAUAUAAUAAGGAAUACCAAAUAAAAUUUUUAAUCAGGAUAACUCCAUAAGCUAAUCUUAGAUAUCUUUUAAUAAUUAAAAUUAAUUUUAUAGUACUUAACAUUAAUAAAUAAACCUAAAAAAUAGCUAAAAUCUACUAUAAGACAAUGAUCAUUCGUAACACUCUGCUUUUUUUGAAGUUGGAAGCAUAAUAUUUAAUGAUAAUAAAUCAGAAAAGUAACAUUCUUAGGUUAUAUACUCCUCUGAAUAAAAAUAAAGUGAAUUAUAAGGAGGUUAAAUAAAACACAUUCAAGCAAGAAGAUUAAAUACUUAAGAUUAUAUGUAAAGCUAAAUUUCAAAUUUAGAUGGAUAUCAAAGUAAUUUAAAAGAAUUGUAUCCUUAAAAAAUACUAAAUAUGCAAAAUUAUGCAUUUAAAGCUUCUAAUUAAAUAACAUUUUAGAAUUAAAAUAAUUUUAUAAAUGAUAAUUUUUAAAAUAAUAAUCAAAUUAAUAUUUAUGAACCUGACAGCAAUUUUUCUUCAGGUUUAGGUAGUAAGAUAGCAAUAUAAUAGUUUAAUGAUGCUAAUGAUAAAAGUAAAUUUUAUGGAAGCUGUAAUAUUUAAUCAUCUAUAGAAUCAACUAGCAUAAAUGAAAGUAUAUAAAAGGUGCAAAAAGUAUAGAUAAAAAGUCCUAAAAAUAUGAUGGAUAUUUCAAAAAAAUUUUAAAACUAAGAUAAAGGCUAUUCAGAUUAUUUAAAUGAAGAGUUUGUCAGCAAGAAUAAUUUAAUGGAAAAUUUUUUUAUACUAUCUGCAAAUUAAACAUAAAUAAAAGAAAGAGUAAUGACUACAAAUGAAGUUUAAGUAGUAAAAGCAGAAACAAUAUAUAGUUAUCCUAAGCUUAAUGAAUAAACAAGAUAAAUAGAAGAAACAGUACAUUAAUUAUCUUUUCCUUAUGGAGUAUUUAUAAAAUAAAAGCAAAAAACAUAAUCCUAAAGUGAUCUUCUUUAGAUACUGAUGCACGAUAAGAAUAACAUGAGUUCUGAUUAAUUUGUUUUUACCAUCAAAACAAUUUAAUCUUAUGAAAAAUAUGAUAAUAGCAACAAGAACUCUAUUUCAACAUAAAAAGAUAUUGUGGAUGUAGCAAAUCCAAGUAAUCUAUUAUAUUGCAUUUGUGUUUAAUAAAAAACAUUUAUUGAUUUCAAAGAUCCUAAGCAAUAAUCUAAGAGCUAAAAGAAGUUGAAAAAAGAAUUUUACUAUGAAGUAGAAUCUGUCUAUUGUAUAGUAACUAAAUUUCCUCAUAUACAAUUUUAUCUAGAAGUUAUUGAAAAUAUCUUAAGUAUGGUAAAAGUAGUCAAGUCAUAAAAGUUGUACUCAGUUAAUCCAUAUGAUAUGGAUUUAUUUUUUUAUAAAAAUUUAUAAUCUGAAAUUGAGGCUAAGCUUGCGACCUUACUACAUACUAAAAUUCCUUUAUUCAAAACAGGAAGAUUCUCCUUGCCUAAAUUAGAACUUGAUCAAAAACAUGUCAAUUUGUAUAUGUAAGAUGCUGAAUAUUGUUAAUAUCUUGAGUGCUAAUGGGGUUUGCUAGAUUGUCUUAAAAAGUUUAAAGAUAUCAAAUAUUUUGUUAAGCUCUAUAUAUCAUUACUUCUUGAAAGAUCAGUUGUAUUUGUUUCAAUGUCAAGAUCAGUUCUAUCAUAAUUUAUACUUUUAUUCCAUUCUAUAUUAAAACCCUUGAAGUGGACUCAUGCUAUGAUAACUACAUUACCUAAGUCUCUUUUUGAUUACCUUCAUUCUCCUACACCAAUAAUUAUUGGAAUAAAUGAUACAAAAUAAAACUUAGAAUCUAAUUAGUUUAAAGAAAAAUUUUCUGACUCCUUUAAUAUUGUGUACUUAGACGACAUGAGUUUUUCAUUUAUGAAUGACUUAGUUUUUGAAGAAAACUCAGAUUUCAUCUGCAUAUUAAAUAUGGAAUUAGAAGGAUAAUUUGAAAAAUUAUAAGCAAAAACAUUAACUCCUAGAAAUAAAACUAGUUUUGAUCAUCAAAUUGAUGAAAGAAAAAACUAAGAAGAAGUAGCAAAUAAUAUAUUAAGAUUAACAAAAUAAUUAUUUUUAGAUCAUAUUGUUUAGCAUAUACCGAAAUAACCAAUCUUUAAAAACGGUUAUUAAAAUAAAAACCUUGAUUAUUCUUUAAUACACGAAGAGAUUAUUAAUUCUAAAAAUAAUCCUGAUUCUUUUUUACAAGAGUUUUUUAAAACCUAAAUAUUUGCUUAUUAUUUAGAAGAAUACUAUGGAAUUAUUUGA